AUUCAGAUGCCCACAGCACCACAUCCAGUAUGUCUCCCUCUCAGUCUCCCAGCCACAGUAAUCAGUCUGACGACGGGUCAGACAUCGAGACCAAGCAGAGGCGCCCAAACCCAUCGAGGUUCUCCUUUCUCGACCUGUCCUACUGGAAGAGGCAAAAGGUGUGCUGUGGGAUCGUCUACAAGGGGCGUUUCGGUGAGGUGAUCAUCGAUCCUCGUCUCUUCAAGCCCUGCUGUAACAAGAAGCGCCCAGCUCUGGCAUCCUCCCCGGACUCUCAGAUCUCACAAACACAUCCUUCCCCUCUUCCAGAGGACAUGAAGGAGGCAUGGUGAUCCAACUAAAACACCCUCCAAACUGUCUCGUUGAGGCCCUCAUAGCUUUGUCUCCAGUGGUAGACUCUGGUAUCUUCCCUUUGUUAGAUUACUGUGUAUGAGUUGAGUUUUCCCCUUGCUUUAGUAUUUUUAUGACUUUUUU